AUGGGUUUUUGGGAUAAUGGUGCUCUAAGCACCCCAUACAUGUCCUCUUUUUGUGACGAGUCUUGCGUCUCUCACGUCCCUCUCUUUGAGAUUAGCUUUGACUCUGUAAUCUCUUCUCCUCGUCUCUCUUCUCCUAUUGUUCGAGCCGCCACCACUGAUGUCCAAUACUGUGAGAAGAAUGCAGAGUACGGAGUAAAAGUGAAAGAGGUUAAUAUAGCGCCUAAUCCUAUAGCUCGAGGCGAGCCAGCUACCUUUACCAUCUCUGCCAACACAUGGCGUGGGAUUACGGGUGGGAAGUUGGUGAUUGAAGUUACAUACUUUGGAUGGCACAUUCACUCUGAGACUCAUGACCUUUGCUCUGAGACAACUUGUUCUGUUGAAACAGGAGACUUCUUGGUUGCACACUCUCAAGUUCUUCCUGGUUACACUCCUCCUUUUGAAGCGUUAGAUGGUAGGGUUUGA